GGCAGUUGUUAUUAAUAAAUUGAAAGUAUAAUUGUAAGACUGAGUUUAAUUUUGGGAUAAAAAAAAUCAAAAAAAAUUACCAAAGAUGAAUUUAUUUAUUUACAUUUGUUGCUUCAUCAGUUUAUCACUCACACAUCCCACCCCAGAUAAUUUUGAACAUCCCGAAAUGUUAAUUCAUUCAACAGGGAAUCGAAUGAAACGUGAACUGCCAGCAUUAUCAUUCAAACCAUCAGAAAUUGAAAAAGAUCCAGACUUUUGGAAUAAUAAAGCUGGAAAGUUUCUUGAGAAACAAUUGAAUAAAAAUCGACUGAAUAAGAAAAUGGCAAAGAACGUGAUCUUCUUCUUGGGUGAUGGCAUGGGAAUUUCAACACUUAUGGCUUCAAGAAUGUACAAAGGUGGGGAAGAACUUGAACUUUCUUUUGAACAAUUCCCAUAUUCUGGAUUAUCUAAGACAUAUUGUGUCAAUACACAAGUUGCCGACUCAGCAUGUAGUGCAACAAGUUAUCUCAGUGGUGUCAAAGGUAAUUACGGUACAAUCGGGUUAUCAGCUGCCGUUAUACAAGGUGAUUGUAUAGGACAAAACAACACAUCUCAUCAUGUUGAAUCUUUAAUCAGAAAAGGCCAGAGAAGUGGCAUGCGGACGGGUAUAAUCACAAAUACGAGAAUCACGCAUGCAACACCUGCAGGUACUUAUGCGAACAUUGCUAAUCGUAAUUGGGAGAAUGACGUGAGAGUUAAAAAUGAUGGUGGCAAUACCGAAACUUGUCCCGACAUUGCUUAUCAACUUAUUCACGGUCACGUGGGUAAAAAAUUAAAUGUGAUAUUAGGCGGGGGACGACAAGAGUUUAUAACAGAAAACGAGAAAGACAUUGAUGGAAAUUUCGGACGGCGAAGUGAUAAAAACUUGAUCAAUGUUUGGAUGCAUAUUCAUCGUCACAAAAAUAGCAAAUAUGUCGAAACCAAAGAGCAGUUGAUGAAGGUAAACGACAAUGUUGAAAGGUUACUAGGACUCUUCGAUUCAAAUCACAUGCCAUUUCACCUCGAUGAUGAAGCGGAAACAAAACCAUCUUUAAGUGAAAUGGUCAACAAAGCCUUGAAUAUAUUUGAAUCAAGUGAUGAUGACAAAGGUUACAUUCUCUUCAUUGAAGGAGGGAAAAUAGAUCAUGGCCAUCAUUUUGGCUUGGCAAAGAAAGCGCUAGAUGAGACAAUCGAGUUUGAAAAAGCAGUUGAAUUAGCAAGAACAAGGACGAGUGAAGAUGACACAUUGAUUGUGGUCACUGCUGACCAUUCACAUUCAUUUACAGUUUCAGGUUAUGCAAGUCGAGGAAAUAAUAUUUUGGGUCUGAAUGAUGGAAUGAAAAGUUCAGAUGGAUUCCCAUACACAACAUUAGGAUAUGAAAACGGGCCGAGUUUUUAUCAAAACAUCGAUAAAGAAGGUCGGAGAAUUAAUCUCGAGAAUGAAAAUGUAUUAAGUAACGAUUACGGUUAUCCAACGCAAUAUCCAUUGCCACUUGAAACUCAUGGAGGUGAAGAUGUCGGAGUGUUUGCAUCAGGACCUCAUGCACAUUUGUUUACAGGCGUUUAUGAACAAAAUUUCAUUCCACAUGCCAUCAAAUAUAUUGCUUGCAUUGGUGAUGGAUUAACUUUUUGUUCUGAAGAUCAAGAAUCAUAAUUCACUUGUUGUUUCGAAAUUUUACUCUUAACUGUGUUCAGCGCUACGAUUUCAAAAUGCUUUAGAAAUAAAAUUAAAAUCUCAAAGAGAAAGCUUUUGUUCUUUCAACAUUUCUGAGCUUUUAUAAAGCUUUCAGAGAUAAAUCUAAAUUUCUCUUUUUUAUUCUUCAUUGAAAAUUUUCAAGAUGAGAAUCAAAAUUUUCUUCUUGAUUUGAGAGAAAAUUGAUUAAUUUGUGAUAUGUUAUCUUGAGGCUGACAUUAUUUUAUUGUAGAUUCAGAUGAAGUGGAACCUUUUAUGAGCAUAUUUUUAACCCUUAAAUGACCUUAGACCUUUUC